AUGAAAUCCUAUUUACUUGCCAUCUCUCUUCUCGUCAGUAGCUGUUUAGCAGUAACUCCCGACGCGAUUUAUGGAGGUGGCUUUGAUCACAAGAAAAAUGACUCCAUCAAGCUACUAAUUGCCAACGGAGGUGCAGGCCAAAGCGGGUUGAUCAAAGAGCUUGCAAAUGCAUACAUUAAAACCCGCGUUGGAGACGGCGAGAAACCAUUCCAGGUGGGGUGGAUCAAGAGCGAUACCACCUAUAGUAUUCAGUAUCUCAAGACGGGCGAGACUGACAUUGGCAUCACGUACAACCCAGCUGCGGAAGAGAUUGCCAUCAAACAAGGCAUCGCCAAAAGUCCAAGUUACUACGCUUUCCGCGAUCACUUCCUUCUCGUCGGGCCCAAAGAGAAUCCCGCAAAUAUCUCCAAAAGUGAUGACAUAAUGUCCACGUUUGCGAAUCUUCACGAAGCUGCCGAAGGCCCUGCUACUGAGCCUCCUGUUCGGUUCCUGAGCCGCUAUGACAAGUCUGCUACCAACAUCAAAGAGACCCUGCUAUGGGCCGGGAUAGGACAGGUUCCUUGGGCGACUGCCUACUCAACAUGGUAUCAUCAAUACAUCGCGUUCCCGAUCCAGGCUCUUACGGCUGCGAUUAUCCUCCAAGAGUACACGAUUACCGACCGUGGUACCAUCCUGUCCCUUGAUGCAGACCUCAGGAAUCAGACUGUUGUUUACAAAGCGGGCACCGAUGAGGCGGAUGACCCAUUGUUGAAUCCCGCCCAUGCAUUGAUUAGUGAAAAGGCACCCAAUGGUAAAGAAGCAGCUGAGUUUAUCAAAUGGCUUGUUAGCGACAAGGGACAGAACGUAAUCGCAGGAUUCAAGAAAAAUGGUCAGGUUCUGUAUUCCAAAGCACCAUGA